GAAAUGUUGACAGGAAGCUUGAUUUCUUCUCCCUCAGAGUUCGGUGGAGUUGAGAACAGAGAGAGGGUUGAAAAUUUUUCGCAUGUCGCAUGUGCAGUAUAACAAUUUUAGUUUGAUCGUGUUGGUGUUGGAGGAAAACAAAAAAAACAACAAAGAACCAUCAGAUAACGCAGUUAUUAAUUUCAAUAUUUCUAAUAAUUAAAGUUACCUCGAGAUUUAUAAAUAAAAGCCGACGGAUAAUAGGUGUACGUGUGAAAAUGUGGUUUAAAUUGAACCACUACAAUACAUAUAAUAAUUUAACGUGUGAAAAUAUCAUAAAAUCAUAUUUACAGGUAUUGGUCACUAUAGAACCACUUGUGAAAAAUGGCUGACCUGUGAAUUUUUUUCCUCAUAUGUCAGUUUUGUUUAUUAAAACUCUUUAAAAAUCGUCUUUUUUUAAAUAAUCUUCGGGACAAGUGUUUUAGAUUGAUAGGUUAUCAUGCCCCGCGUAAAAGCAUCACCGAAAAAAUGCGUCAAAACGUCAUCGAAUUCCAAUCCGGCCACCAAUGCGUGGGUUUUUCUCAUGAAAGGUGAAGGACUAGAAGGUACUGAUGGAAAUAUUCCGGAUAUUGUUAAAUUGCGACAUCCUGCAUCCAGCCAAGCAGCAAUGUUUUUAUUCAGCCCCGGUGAUUUGACAGUUCAAGAAGUUCUGACAAUCGAUGAGAACAAAAGAUCCUGGUUUGUUGACGACAAUGUCAAGUCAGAUGGAAAAAUGCACCUGUCAACUCCAAUAGAUCCAAUAUUUCUCGUCUUACCGUACUUGAGAAAAUCCCAGUACGCCGUACCCCUGGAGCAGCUUCUCAGAGACGACGAGUACCCGGAGACUGAAAGACUGGCUCGUUGUCAGAAUCUCAAGCUAACUCUGGUCGCGGAUCGCCGCGGUGAUGAAUCUUUGCAAGCUUACAAGUACAAUGAGGAAAAAACGCUGAUUUGGCUGCAGAAGAAAGUUGAGCGAGUCGCUGAGACACUCAGACAAAAGGGCAUUUAUGUAUCUCCUGGCGCUGUCAGUGCAAAUUAUGUUAAAAGUAGUAAAUAUGAACCUGCUAGUGAUACUGAAUACUUGAGAUACGCUCACGGCAUUGUCUCGGAGUACUUGACUGAAGAUUUGUCUAAAAAAUUAGCUCAGUUUCUUAAUUUACCAGAGGAAAUAGAAAAUAAUCCCAAGCGAAAGCUGUCAAGCCCUAAAGAAGUUUCAGACAACAAACGGCAGAAAAGCGAACCCGCUGAAACGGAAAAUCCACCUAAAAUGCGUGCAUUAGAUUUAACCAAGCCUGAAAAGGUGACGAAACAACCGACAAAAAAAGAAUUGGCUCGUCAAAAAGCAGCAGCUGGUUCAAAAAAUAUCUCUUCAUUCUUCAAGAAAAAAUAAAUAUACUUAUUAUUAGAUAAGACUGUCUCUGUAGGUUGCAUUCGUAACGUUUUAACGGAUCAACGAUUUUUAUCGGUGUUACUUAAAUUAAAAUUAGAUUAAUUUUAAAUUAAAUAAUAAUAAUAAUAAUGAUAAUGAAAUAAACAAACGAAACAGCGAACCUAAAUAAAUAACAAUAACAGCUGCAAUAACUCGAGAAUAAAUAUCAACACCUUGCUACACAUUAUUUGCUCAAAAGAUUAAUACUGUACUUACAAAAACAAUCGCAAUAUUAUUGUUGACUCUUAAAUCUCGUCUCCA